GGUCGAAUCCGUGACUCACGCGAAUCAUCCGGUUUCGACGAUUCACACGAUCUUUUAGAUGAUGCCUUACCGCAGGCGAUGACGGCGCCCGUAUCGCCAUCAGUACCGUUAAGCGCUAGCAGUCACUCGGACGGCUGGAAAUACUCAUCGCAGAAGUUGCUGUGGAAAUUAAAACCUCGCUACAUCAACUUUAGCCAUGCAUCGAGCACAUCAUCAUCCACGGAUUCGGCGUGGAAGUCAUUGGAAGCGCCUAAGUUUGCUGCAAUUGGUGGCACUGCCUCAUUGAUACUACGCUGGCUUUAG